CUUACGAAUAAUUGUAAUUUGAAUAUUUGAGAGUUGUUUAAUCAAAAUUAACUUUUCAACUGUUGGUCAAAACAUGCUAAUAUGCGCCUUACAUGUACCUCUGAACUAUUAUCUACAAUAUCACUGAAUCUUACUCCAGUACGGGUAAGUAUCAACAAUGUUAUCAAUACUGAUGUCUUGCAUCCAUGACAAAUUUCUUUUGCAAUUCUGUCAUCCAGUUAGACAGAACACACUCCUCCUUGGAAGCUAAAUAUGAUUUAUUUUCGUUGCAGAAAAUAUUUGAUUUUAAUAGAAUGCGAGAACGUCGACUUACCGAGGCGGAUAAAGGAUGGUCCUGGGUUGUAAUGGCGAGCUCGUUUGGAUCCCACGUGAUCACCGGAGGUUUCCAAUAUUCCAUUGGUAUCGUACACAAUGCAUUCCUAGAAAGGUUCGGUGACAAUGUUCAGAAUACAUCCUGGGCAACCAGUCUGUUUGUAGCAACACUUUCGUUAACAGGUGUCCUAGCUAGUGCCCUGAUCAACUGGUCAAGCUGUCGUGCCACUAUGGUCAUCGGGUCACUGAUUAUGACCGGCGGUUUCAUCACAUGUGCUUUUGUCCCCUCCCUUGAACUUGCCGUCAUCUUUUAUGGAGUUGUUUCAGGCAUCGGAGCAGGAUUGAUUUUUUUACCCGCCUCGGUAGUUCUCGGUUUCAACUUUCGUCUUAGAAGGAAUUUAGCUUGUGGAGUGGCAGUGUCGGGUAAUGGAGUCGGUACUUUCUUAGUGGCUCAAAUUAUCGAGGCCGCUCGAGAGGAAUAUGGCAACAGAGGAUUAUUUUUCAUCAUAGCUGGUAUCGCAUUGCAAGGAGCGUUUUUAGGCUGUCUACUCUUCCCGUCAGAAUUAGAAAUUCGACAAAAACAAAUCAGAUAUCAGAACACAUCAUAUACAAACAAAUCUGAUAUUUUAAACAAUAUUUUACAGUCAUUCGUGAUCCUAAAGAACAUCUCGUUUUUAUGCUUAUGUGUAAGCAUGUUUAUUUUCUAUACAGGAAACUACCUUGUGUAUGUACAUUUCGUGCGGUAUGCUAUUGAGAUGGGAGCGUCCUCUUUAAAUUCGUCUUUCCUUGUAUCAGUUACUGGUGUAUGUGAUUGUAUAUCGCGAUUUUUAACAGGACUGACAGCGAAUGUUGAAGAUAUAGAUGAAAACGUGAUGUUCUUUGGAACAUUCGGUCUACUCGGCAUCUCGACUUUGAUAUUCCCACUGUAUGGAUCAACAUAUGGAGGACAACUAUCGUAUGCUGUGUUUCUGGGAUUGUACUCUGGGUGUUGUUACUCAAUACUGAACACACUGAUAAUACAGCGAGUCGGGGUAGAGAAGCUGGCCACGGGCUACGGAACCUGUAUGUUCUUUAGUGGUGCAGGUGCUCUCGUCGGACCGCCGGCAGCAGGUGCGAUUAUCGACUACACUGGAUCGUAUGAGAAUUCCUUUCUACUGGCAGGAUCCUGUAUCACAGUAGCGUCCAUUUUGGGGGUCGUGUCAGCAUAUUUCAAGAAAAGUGACAAAUCCUAUACUACAGACCACAUGGAAGUCCUGACUGUUACGAGAGCUACAUCAUAGGUCGUCAGCAGAGUUAUAUGUCCACAUGAUCCGUCUACAUAUAAACAGUAGUUAAUGAUAAAAGAUAUGUUCACACCAGUAACAUUACAUGUAGUUUUAGUACUUAUGAUUGUCUUCAUUUGAUGUUUUACUGGACAAUCCGGAAUAUGAAUCUCUACAAGGGAGGAACGCAGCAUAACUUAUGAUGACUGCCUAGAUAUUGCUGACAACGUAGGCCUGCUGUUUAGAAUACAUACAAAUGCACAUCAGCCUAUAUGAUAGCCUACACCAUGUAAUGAAUAUG